UGGAGCCGGCGGAGGAGGAGGAGGACGGGGAGAGUACCGGUUCUGACCCAUCCCGGAGGAGCAGCAGGAGACAUAAUUCCGCUCGACCCAAUGGACUGAGAGGACAGAUGAAUGAAGACUGCCUACACUAACGCCUAUCGAUGCCUGGCCAAGGACCUGGACGCGUACGCCAUGAACCCGGACAUGACAAUGGACGGCCUCGGCAGCCUCCACGGCGGGGUGGCCCCUGACGCGGAGCUGAUGAGCGGCGGCUCGUCGGGCCUCCGGAUCCACCAGGACCUGGCGCCGCGGCCGGCCAUGGUGUCCGGGAUGAUCCUGGAGGGCAGCGGGGAGUACCGUCCGGAGCUGUCGCUGCCGCUGCACCACGCCAUGAGCGUCCCGUGCGACGCGACGUCCCCCGGGAUGAGCGGCACUUACACCACCCUGACCCCGCUCCAGCCGCUGCCGCCCAUCUCCACGGUGUCCGACAAGUUCCACCACCACCACCACCACCACCACCACCACCAGCGGCUGCCCGGGAACGUCAGCGGGAGCUUCACCCUGAUGCGGGACGAGCGCGGGCUGCCGGGGAUGAACAACAUCUACAGCCCGUAUAAGGACCACAUGUCCGGGAUGGGUCAGAGCCUGUCCCCGGUGCUGGGUAACGGCCUCGGCUCCAUCCACAACACCCAGCAGGGGCUCCACAACUACGGCUCCAGCUCGCACGCAACCCACGACAAGAUGCUGAACUUCGACCACCAGCACCGAGGCCUCGGUGGCCCGCCGGCCGGGAUGAUGCCGCACCUGAACGGGAUGCACCACCCGGGCCACCACCCCCACCCGCACCUCCAGUCGCCGUCGCACGGGCCGGUGUUGGCGCCUACGCGGGAGCGACCGCCCUCCUCCUCGGGGACGCAGGGGGGCGGCGGGUCGGGGCAGCUGGAGGAGAUCAACACCAAGGAGGUGGCGCAGCGGAUCACCGCGGAGCUGAAGAGGUACAGCAUCCCGCAGGCCAUCUUCGCCCAGCGGGUGCUGUGCCGCUCCCAGGGGACGCUGUCCGACCUGCUGCGGAACCCCAAGCCCUGGAGUAAACUAAAGUCCGGCCGGGAGACCUUCCGGAGGAUGUGGAAGUGGCUGCAGGAGCCCGAGUUCCAGCGGAUGUCGGCGCUCAGAUUGGCAGCAUGCAAGCGGAAGGAGCAGGACACGGGGAAGGAUCGCAACAACACACCAAAGAAGUCGCGGCUGGUCUUCACCGACCUGCAGCGGCGCACCCUGCUGGCCAUCUUCAAGGAGAACAAGCGGCCGUCCAAAGAGAUGCAGCUCACCAUCUCGCAGCAGCUGGGCCUCGAACUCACCACAGUCAGCAACUUCUUCAUGAACGCCCGCCGCCGGAGCCUGGACAAAUGGACAGACGACGGCGCCAGCCCCGGCGCCCAGUCCUCGGCGUCCAGCACUUGUACCAAAGCAUGAUAGACGACGGGGAGCCGGGAAAACGGAGAUACGGGACAAACCGGGUUCAAGGUUUCGUCCGGUUGAAGCGAAACUUAAACUUUUUACACGAUUUUCUUUUCUUCCUUUCCUUGAGGGUACAAACAGAGAGAGGGGCUGCUCACUGCCACGACUUGUAGCCAAAUCGCCUUCUGCAAAUUUAUCCUAAACAUAAAGAAAGCUGGAGGGUCAACUCAUUAAAAACAUACAAAACCUCACUUUGGAGGGGAAAAACCUUCUAAAUCAUAGACUUCAACUGUCCACUGCUGAUGUCUCCUCUAGGCUGACACACUAGCCCAAAAACCAAAGACUAGAAGACAAUGUGUGUUUUCUAUUAUGCAAUAUAAGCUAGGAAACAACCAAACACCAAACCAAGGAAAGCUUUAUGACUGCAGAAUGUGACAGAUGCUCUGGGACAUUUUCUGUGGAAAUACUCUUCUGUUCUCGCCCUCAAAGGUCCAAUCAGGAGUUGGGUUUCAGUUCAAGCAAUAGACAGUUUGGGUCGCUGAGGGAACUUUUAUCUUCACCAAACCAAAGAUAGACGAAGGGAAAGGACGAUAGUUUUCACCUACACGACAAUUCUUCACCUCAGAAUCAGCGUUCAAACAUUCGACUCUUUAAAGAAGGUGGUGCCGAAAUAUGCAAGCACAAACAUUCAUCGGACGACCCAACAGCGUUUAGCUCGCGCUUCAUCAGAACCCUGAGCGCUAGGCUAGGUGGUACAAACUACAUGUGAGUGAGCACAAUGUCGAAGCACAUUUUCUUUGCAAUAGAACCGGAGCCGGCGGCCGACCCGAGUGGGCUUCGCAUCUUAGAAAACUCAGGAUGCCAUUUAUUUUCUAAACAGUGGCUGAAGUCCAUUCGGUGCGCGUCACAAACACGCGGUGAAGUCCUCACACGCAUCCAGAGAUGGUUUCUGAAGUAAAACACAACGUUAAAGAGUCGUUCCCUAAAGCGUUCCCCCGUUAACCACAGGCUAACGCUAGCUUACUCCGGCUUCACCAGUCAGUCUCAUUCAGGGAAGUGAUGGCAGCUCCUUCCACCAGAGCAGGAUGAAACGUCUGCUUCUAAUUUAUUGUGUAACGUAGAUCAAUCCUUGGUGGCAUUAAGAGGCGGCCAUUUUGCUAAAGCCAAACGGAAAUUUGUCAGACAAGAUUGACUCUUAUGAAAUGGUUUCCAACUGCAGACUAGAGAUAUUUUUGUAAGAUUUUGACGGCCAUCACAAAGAAAAACAGGAUAAAACACAACCAGUACGCGCGGUACCAGCUGGACCCACCAGAGGACGGACCGGCCAGGCAGAUCAGGGCCUUUGUAAUAGUUAAAGAGGACAAUCUAAAGACGAUGCCUGGCCAGUCCGUCCCUCCUGAGGGUCAGUGGAAACCAGAGAACGGCUCCCAAAGCCGCAAAUAAGUCAUUUAAAUGGCCGUCAGCCAUAAAUUCAGCAGAUUGGUCCGAGCGACCGUCGAUCCGAAUCGAUUGAUGUAAAUACCAACACAUCCCAAAAACCGUUUUAGACGUCCGUCCGUCCGUCCGUCCGUCCGCCAUCACCUCAUCAAUCAUCUUUCACUCAAGCUAUUAAACCAAAAAAUGAAACAAAACCAAAGCAAAGGCGUCAGUCAGCAGCCCCUGCUCCGUCCCAAAGUCCAGGCUGGAGGUUCGGCCUGGUCAGAAGCAGCCAAAGGCUUUAAGAACAUUUUAAGAUAAAAAAUGGACACUUGAGACUUUUUCUAUUUAUUGACAAAUCGAAACCAAAGAAAACCUUUUUCUGCACCUAACUGUUCCAACAAAUGGGAAAAAAAAACUUGGAUGAGAAUUAUUACCAAAAAAACAAAAGGAGAAAAAAAAAACAGAGUGGCGACGAUGUCAAGGAAGGAAAGUUCGACAGAAGGACGACAUCACUGGAGCAGCAAAGUAGCUUUUGUUGUGUCUGAUGGAGCAUCAGGCGACUUUGGGACUGAAAAGGGUAAAACCACACAGGAAGGAGGGAGGAAGCAGAACGCCAUCACCGGUUCUCCUUCUCUCCGCCCGACGAAAAGGCAGAACUUUAAUGUCUCUCACGGUUGAAGAGCGUCUUUAACGUGUGCCUAUGCAGUUUUUCAAAGUAAAAAAACGGUUUAAAGAACAACAGAAACCUCAUCAGCUAACAAACCAAAGAUUCACCGUUGACCCCGGCAACAGGCUCCUCCCCCUCCAACAGGUAAACAUUCAAUAUGAGACAUUGGAUCCUUUCUGUUAUUCUUUGUUCCUGUUUGUAGCUUGUAAGCUAACGACUCGAUACGAUAAAUUUCACAUUUUAAUUUUCUGUAAAGCACUUUCAACGCUGAAACACGUCCAGUGUUUCUGUAAGAGCAUCGCAUCAAAAGUAACGUUUUUCACCACAUCGUACUUUAACUGGAAGGAUUAGUGUUUGAUAAAUCACGAUUAAUCAAAUCUGUUAUAGUUUAUGUAGCCGGAGGAGCGACGGUGGGGAGGUUUCUGAAACGUGCGGCGCAUACCAAAGAUUUUCUGCUGUACGACCAGAAGCUCCCUGGAUCUCUGUCAUUCCUUAUUAGUCUGAUUACAGACUAAUAAUAGAAACUAUUGCAAAUUGCAAUAGUUUCUAUUGCAAUUUCUCCUUUUUUUAACUUUUCAAACCGUAGAAGGAAGCAGCCAAACUCACCUUGAUGUGUUGGAUCUCAGAAACUGGACAUUAUUUGAUCAGAACCAGAAAUGAAACAAAAACUUGGAAAUUAUUUCAAGAAAAUUAUUUUCAAUUCUUAAGAUAAAACUUUUAAUCUGCUACAACUGGGUCAAAAUUCAGGUCAAAAUUCAAUAUAUUUUGUGUUUCUAACUGAAUUUCAUCCCAACAACAAUUAUGACUCAUAAAUCUUUUUCCAAACUUGUCACCUCAACAAACGGCGGCGUCCAUUAUUACUGGUGAAAAAUGUUCUGGUCAAAACUCCAGAAUUUUCCAGAAUUUUCUUUUGGUUUUCUAACCGAACUGGGCUUCAUCUGUACGGAAGGCAAAUAUGACCAAUAUCUGAUUUUUUUCAUAAAGGUUUGAACGGCCCAGUUUUGAUGUUUUCACCCAAACAAAAUGUAAUGUUGCCACUUUCACAUGUGGUUCUGAUUUAGAUACAUGUUACAAAACACAUGAGGUCAAAAUGUCGCAUUUUAUCCAACUUUUACAUCAUCGCCAUAAAUCUGCGUUAUGAUCUGCAUCUUGUUAUGAUUUUGUGACAACGCUGUCAUUUUUCUGUAGACAUCGGCGUCCAUUUUUACCUUCUUCUUCACUUUGGGGUCAUGAACUUUUCACACAAAAAUCUGAUUUAAUUACUAUGAACAAUCACGCAAAAAAAUUUCCAUAAAAAUAAAAAAUUGGAUUUCAGAAAAAAAGAAUCAGAAUGACCUGGUGAGUGAUCGUAGUUCAACCAGAACCGGUCGGGUCCGACAUGCUGAUGGUUGGACGGUUGAUCCAACCAAUGACCUUUGAACUAUAAGAUGAACAGUUUGUCCAUCUAACCAAGAUUUUCAUAAUUGGAUAAAUUGAUAAAAAAUAUUUAACUUGACAGGCGUUAAAGUCUGGAAUACAGAUAUUUUUCCAGACUUUUUUGCAUUUUUAUCCUCAUUUAGACGUUGAAAAUAUGAAUCAGGAGCCCAGAAAAAUAGGAACACCUUCAUUUAUAGUCAUAAAUAAAUAUUUCUCCUGGUUCUGGUUUGUUUAAUUUAUAUUUUUAGUCAUAAAUAAAGGUGAUGCUGCUUUCUUUGGUUGAAAAGUUAAGAAAAAUAAAAACACAAGAGUAUUUUAAUGAAUGUCUUUAGCUACAGAAAUAAGGGAGAAAUAAUUUAGACGUCCAUGAUAUUGGUGUUGUGAUCCUGUGUGAGGGGGCGGAGCCACGCUGCUGACCCAUUUAAACCACAACAACAAACAAAACCAAAAAAUAACAACAAAUCUCCAACUGCUGAGAGAAACUGCUGAAAUCUCGGUCAAAUAGCUUUAUCCUUAGUUUUCUGUCUGUGUUUUUCUGUAUGUGAAGCUUCUAGUCCAAAGAAAUCCUGCGGCCGCCUGGCCCCAACCUGUUGCUGCCCGCUGCCCGCCGGAGGGGCUCGGAUCGGGGCGCAGGCGGCGGCGGCGGCGGCGGCGGCCAUGUUUUCAUGUCAUUCCCACUUGCAGUUCUGUCUAGAUGUAAUAAUAACGGCUAAAUCUGCCUAAAGCGUAAAAAAAUAAUAAAAAGAAGAUAAAGGAAAAAAAAAGAGGAGGAGAGCGAGAGAUAACAGGAAGGUAAACCAAAAACUGACCCAAGAGGUUUUCACUGCUCCUUUAUUUGCCAAUUACAUUUACGACACUAUUGUACUUCCUACGUUUUUGCAAUAUGUGAUUUCUUUUUUAUGUAAUUUGUUUUUAAUUGUGAGGUAAUUUAAGUGAACAAAUUUUGUUGCCAAAUCUCCUGGGUGACGUUUAGCUUUGCCAAAGUUUACACUGUUUGUUCCUUUUCUUUCUGUUGAUGCCAUAUUUAUUUAUGACGUGUUUUAGAACACACUAGUUUUGUACCUGAUAAUUUAAUGUAAUUUAAUUAGAUGUAAUUCUUUCUUUUGCUGACGAAUAUUUAUGGGUAUUUAAGAAUGUUAGUUGCAUCAAAGAUGCAGUGCUUAUUCCAGGCCUGUUAAUUUAUUGGUAGAUAGUUUUACUUUUCAAAGCCGAUGAAGCUUUUUGUUAUGAAUGUUUAGAUCUAAAGACAGAACAACGUAGGAAUGUCAGAUUAGACUCAAACCUCUGAAUGUCAACACUUGCUCUCACUCUCCAGCCAGUUUAGCUUUUAUUUCUCCUCCUUCUGCUUCGUUUGAUUCUUAUUUCUUCAGAAAUGAAAACAAAAUGAGACGUAACAGCUGCUGAAUGAUGAGCACUGCAUCAGUUUUCCUUGUUUGGCUGCGACCUGCUGACCUCUGUGGAGCAGGAAGGAGUUUUUCAGAGUUCAGGUGAAAACGGACCCAACAAAGAUAACAGGAAUCCUGAUGAACCGUGUUUACCUCCACACACACAGCCAUCAAAAACACACACUGCUUCCCUCUAAAGGCUGAACUCUGCAGAUGAAGCCAGGAUUUUUCUUUCUAAAAGACCAAAUUUAAGUAAAAUAAAAAGUUAUUUUGAACAAUAUCUGACAGAAGUGAUCAAAAGUGACUAUGAUCAAUUAUUUCCUAACGUUUUCUGCCUUUUUAGUGACUUUUAUUCUUUAAUGAAAACUUCUAUGAGAAUCCCCGUCUGCACAAGGUUUUUAUUUUCAGAUCAUAAGAGGUUUUUCUCCUUCAGGGUUUUCUUUGGACUCCAGAUUAAAUCUGGAUUUUAUUUGAUUCACAUCAGGUGUGAACUCAGGAAAACUGGCUGCACCUUUUAAUGUUUUAUCUCCAGAUAGUUUAUUUGGUUAAACUGAAUAAAUGUUACAUUAGAGGUGGAAAAAGUUUGGACAUGAUAAAUCACAGUCUUGUUGUUGAAACUGGCUUCUUAAAUAAAAUCCCAAACAUUUGUUUGGAGGAGUUUGUCCAGUUGAUGUGUGAAUGGAAACACUGGUUUGUUUCCGGGUCAGAAGGAAACGGAUGGGUCCCGUAGAGCCAGCUGCUGAUUCUGUCUGUGUGUAAAAAGACGUGUUAAAGUUUCUGCAGUGAGAACCAGAGAGGUUUCCUCUCUCUCUCUCUCCAUCCGUCCUUAUUGUGUUGAUGAAACCAAAGAAAGCAAAGCUUCGUUUCGCCGUCGGCGCGGUCUGCGCUCAGCCACACGCCGCGCCGCGCCGCGCCGCACCGCUCAGCCACACGCCGCGCCGCACCACGCCGCGGCUCUGAACGAUACCAAAUAUUACAACUCUUCUUCUUCUUCUUCUUCCUCUUUUCACAUUCAGCUGUAAUUUUCAUUUUCAUUUGGUGCCGAUCGAUUAGAAAAUUCAGACCAAUUCAAAUGAAAACAUAUUUUAGAUAUUAUUGGUAGAGAGUAAACAGGAAACUUUGCUACAGGUAAAUAAACCAUUUUGUAUUAAUUCUUUAAUUAAUUAUGAGGAUUAAUGGUUAUAAAAAUGCUCAGAUAUUUAAGUUAUUAUCUUGAAACUUAUUCUGGAUCCAUUUUGCUCCAUUUGACUCAUAAAAUUAUGACUCCAGUCCAUCCAGGUUACGUCUUUGCUUGCAGCAGAAAAUAUAAAAAUCAUUUAAAUAAUCAACUUUUCCUUCUGUUAAUGCAGGGCUGUACAAAGUGUGGCCUGGGGGCCAUUUGUGGCCCUCCAAAUAAUGUUGUUUGGGCCCCAGAUCCGAGUCAAGAAUGAUAAAAACAACUGAAAACCCGAAAUCUGGAAAGUGUUUAUUAUUCUUUUAAUAAUAAUCCAAAGCCAUUUUUAUGUUUUGGAUAUUUGAUCAGAUUUUGUAAAAAAAAUUACUAUUAUAAAAAAGUAAGAAAAAAAUCCUCUGAAACUAAUUUUUAAAGUUUUGGGCCCCAGAGAUAAAAGUUUGGACUUAAUGAACGACUGAAGCAAAAAGUCAGACAAAAAAAAAAGAUGGAGGUUCAAAAAUAAAAGAGCUAAAAGCUUCAGAUUCAUUAAUUUGUUGGUUUUAUUUUAGUUAAAUGAGAACAAACAUUACAACCUGGUUUCUUUCAUCACCAGCUGCCAUUUUUAACAAGAUGGCCGCCUGCCAACAGCUUCACUGCUGCGCAGCAACGGAGUGUUUGAAAAGAUCGUGGGUCCAGAAUCAGCCGGAGCCUCGUUAGAGUCCGAGCAGAAUCUCUUUCCAGCACCGAUGAUGAAGAUUCUGCUGCUCAGAAUGUCGACCGGAGUCACUUAAUGACCCAAACGGUCAUUAUGAUCCGUAAAAAGGUCCAAAUUAUCCUGCAGAGUUUAGUUUUGGUUACUUUUAAAAGAUAAAGUUACCAAACUGUCUGCAGACGUUGAGCUAUAAGUCCAGAAGCCAUUAUGUUCUUCAUUAACUUUAGUUUCACUUGUUUCUUUACAGAAACUCAUUUUCCUGAUUAAUAUAAAACUUUCAAGUAUUUUGCAAUAAUUUUACACAUUUCAUAUCAUCUGUGAUUUUCCAAAGUGAAUAUAGAAGUAUGACAAUCUUGGUAUGAAAACAAUGUAUUAAAACGAACACUUCAGUAUUUUAACUGCUUCGCCAUCAUAACUUACAGUUAGGGAGUAAAAACCGUAUGAAACGUUUCCAGUUAAAUGUUUCCAGUUAAAUGUUUCCAGUUAAAUGUUUCCUGUUGCCGUUUUUCUUCCUUUUCUCUUGUUUUUGUUGAAUCGGUUGAAAAGCUUUAAAUCGUGAGCGAAACGCUGAGCGCAGACCGAACCGUCUUUACCAAACUGCUGCAGAAAUACCUCAUAGUGUUUAGAAACAAUGUUAUAUUAGCUUGUGUCAUAAAUUAUUCACUUCUUCUUCUUCUUCCGUUUUUUAAAUAACUGUAAUCUAAAAAAAUAAAUGUGGGGUAAAAAGCUUUAUACAUUUUUAAUUUGUAUUAUUUUUUUUAAUUUGUGAUAGUUUGAAAUGACGCUGAAACCAAAAAUGAGAAAUGCUUGUACUCUCUGCUCUCUUUCUUGUUGAUGUUUCUCUGGUUUUUACGCCACAGAGACACAAAUACAUCGUUUUAAAUUCUAUUAUUUUGAUUUCUGCUUAUUUUUAAAUGGAUAAAAUGUCCGCCAGAAUUACACGGUUUACUUUAAUCAGUUUGUUCCAGUUAUUUAACAAUUUUUCCAUUAUUUUUUUAAUAAUUUUGCUGUGUUGUAAUGGUAGCAUCCCAUAAUAUUCACCUAAUAGCAACGUUUUCAUGCAUGUGCAUAGAUACAAGAAGCUAUUGUCUUCCCAGUUUGUUUUUUAAAUAUUCACUAAAAUGUUUUUAGAUUUUCAUGACCUCUGACCUGCUGAUGUAAGAGCUGGAACUUUUUCCACCCGUCAAACUGAAAUGUUCAAAAGAGUGACAAGAAAAUUAUCUAAGUUUUUAAUGAAUUUGUCUAAUUUAUGCUCAGAUUAAUUUAAUGCAGUUUUAGGGACAAAUUUCAGUAAAAACUUUAAUAUUAUCUCUGAAAUAUGAUGAGUUUAUUAUUUUAGAGGCCAAAAUCAUAGAGGAAAAAUAAAAUCUGAUCAAAUAGAGAAGAAAAGAACUGAAAACAUCCUCAAAAAGUGAGAAUAUUUCUGAGAUAAAUCAUGUUUUUACAAAAUAUCUUCAGUUUGAAUCUAAAAAUGUCCAAAUUGUUCAUAUUUAUUACCUGAAAUAUUUACAAAUAUGAUGUUUCUUCAGUGUUUUGAGACUUUUGUGAAUGUUUUUAUUUAACUCAAUGCUACUGAAAAAAAGCCAAAGCACUUCCAGUCAAAGACGUCUUCCAUUCAGCAUCCGGACCUUAAACACGAACAACAGAACUUCCUGCUUCACUUCAUGACACGUUUUCCUGUUUCCAAGAGACGAAUAAUCAGGAAAGCUGAACAGUUGAUCAGGUCAGGAUUUCAUGCUUUCAGUCACCAGAUUACAGUAAAACAUCAUUUUCACUGACAGUUUUUUUAAUAUGGCUCCUGUAGGACAACAUUGCUUAUUUAACUUAUUAAACCAUUUCAUGUUUAAUAUUUUCCAGCGUGUAUGAAAUGAUGAUCGACGACGUUUGACGGUUUGGACCGAACACAAACCUCAAACCCAGCAGGAAAUGUUUGGCACCAAUUUAACAUCCAGUGAUUUUAAUGGGAAAAACAGGAUUUAAGUUGGUUUGAUCAGGAAUCAGAAUUAUGGAGCUAAAUUGAGUCCAUAAAGUUUGUUCACCAAAAACAUUUUUAGAGCAUCAAAAAAAAAAAAAAAGUUUAAAACUGAAAAACUACGGUGAGAUUUAAUAAAAAGAUUUGAAAGUAUGUUUCAGAAUCAAGUUUUUUUUUUCAGUUUUAAACUUCUGGCACCAUUUGUGCUCUAUACAUAAUAUGAGAGUCAAAGGAUCCAAAAUGGGAACCAAAAUAUUUGGAAAAAAAUCUGAUACCAAAUUUUCAGAUAAAAAAAUACAAAUAUCCAGUUGUUUUAAAUCACUUACUGAUAAUUUUUCACCAUAGUUAUAUUGAAAACAAUUUAGAUAAAAUGAAAAACUGAUGCAUCAUAAUUUAGGCUGAUGGGUAAAAUUUGGUUUCAGUUUCAGGUACAAAAUAAAAUCAGGGAUGUAAAAAACGGCAAUAAAGGGGCAAAAUGACCAGAAGCUAAAAAAACUGAUAAUAAUCACAUUAAAAUAAAAGAAUAUGAAUUAAAAUACUUUAAUUAAAGUGCAUUUCUCAGUUUGAUUCAACAUCAGCAGCUUCAACACUGAGGAUCAAAGGUCAGUCAGGAAACAUCAUCAGCUCAUCCAGUCCGUUUCUUUUGUUUCAGAACUUUCUUCUUAUUAUUAUUUAAUAGAUUUAUUUUUAUUCGUUGUACAGCGACCAAACGUAAAAACUUUUGUUUUGGUUUCAAAUAAGAAAAGAGAAGUGACUGCAGACUUGUGGUGUGGAAUAAAACGAUCAAGCAAGAAGGAGAUAUUUGGGUAAUUAAUGUUCCACUCUAUGUAUAAAAAGAAAAAAAUCAAUAAAGAAAUCACAAUGGUCUUAUCCAUGUAA